CUUAUAGAAGAUCUUGCUCCAAUGCUGGACUAGCAUGUGCAAAAUGUACCACGGGGGUGUCAGGAAUUUCAAUCUUUGCUUCCAAAACAGACUGGCAGCCUGGGGGCCAAACUGAGGAGGAUCCCACACACAAUUUUUUUGUUGUUGAACACUGCACUGGCAGUAUUACACUCUUCAUUCUGAGUACUCCAUCCUUUUAUUGGGGUAUUACAUUUCUCUUUAGCGCAGGCAUCUUCUGUCAUGUAAAGCUCCGCUGUCUCUUUAAGUUGAAGCCUUGGACAAGGAUGCCAACAGUCCAGAAGCAAAUGUUGCUUAAUUUUAGGGAAUUCCUGUGUGCCAGUGCUAAUAGUGGGAAUGCCUGAGAAAAAGUGCAGCUCCUGAGGCAGGGACGGAGUGCACGAUUAUGUUGGCUGCAACGAUCACAGCAGCGCUGAUCUAUUUCAUGGUGCAAAGCUCUGGAGCCUUGGCCCUCGGUACAGCAUGUUGGGAUGAACGCCUAUCGCGAGCGGGGAGAAACAGCAGCUGUGUGGCCUCACAGCCGUUCCUGAUAUUUGGCCAUGGGAAAGCUAUCCAUCGGAUGGACCUCGAUGGGAAGAACCAGAGAAGGCUCGUGGCUGGAGUGGGAAGCUCGAUCCUGCUCGACUUUCAUUUCAGAGAGGAGAGAGUUUACUGGGCUGACAAACACACUGGAGUCAUCUACAAGGCGUCAGUGAAAGGAGCACACAGACAGAAACUGUACUCAUCUGACAAACAUAUCUCGGGCCUUGCAGUGGACUGGAUUUGGAACCGUGUAUAUUGGACAAGUGGAGAAAAGGGAAAAAUCAAGACAAUGGAUAUAAACGGGAAAAAUGAAAGGACUCUUUUAAGACACUUGACCCAACCAAAUUCUAUAAACGUUGACCCCGCUAACAGGUUUCUUUUUUGGCUGUCCGGUGGGAUAACCCCAAGUAUCCAGCGGUCCGCCGUGACAGGACAGAUGAAAACUACACUUAUUAAGAUAGCAGAACAACUGGAAGCCCUGUCAAUCGACCGAGAGGACAAAAGACUGUUCUGGGUUCAGUUUGGUCUACAAGGAGAAAGUGCCAUUGCCUCUUGUGAUUACAACGGCAACGUCCUGCACAUCGUAGAUCAGCCCCUUUGGUCUCAGUCACUGGGGAUAUCAGUUUUUCUGGAGCACUUGUACUACACUGAUGCAGCCUCUCGGGUUAUAAAACAAGUAAACAAGUACGCUGGUGGAGAGCCACUGAAUGUUAACAUAAAACAAAUGGCAAAACCCCCAGUCAAUAUCAAGGUGGUACAUCCCCUCAACCAGCCAAUGGCAGACUCCCAAUCAUCUCUUCCAGGUUGUGACGAACAGAGUGGAAAUUGCGUGAACGUGUGCUCCAGUCUAGCCGAGCAAGGGACGUGCCAGUGCAGUGAAGGCUUUGCUCUCAGUCAGCAAGGCACUUAUUGUGAAGAUGUGAAUGAAUGCGCGCACUGGAACCACGGCUGCUCUCUUGGUUGUGAAAACAUCCCAGGCUCCUAUUUCUGUACCUGCCCUAAAGGAUACGCCCUCCUACCAGACAGGAAGACAUGUGGAGAAAUCGUACCAUGUGAAGGCAAUAUGACCAGGAAGUGUGGCCAUGGAUGCCUGACAACAGAUGAGGGUGCUGUGUGUGUGUGUCCUGAGGGAUCUGUACUACAGGAGGAUGGACAAGCCUGUACUGGCUGCUUGUCUGCAGACAGAGGGGGUUGCAGUCAGCUCUGUACUCAUGUCACCCCUAGUGGGUGGCAGUGUGGUUGUCUGCCUGGUUACCAGCUCCACCAAGACGGCAAGCGCUGCAUUGCCUCUGGACCACCCCCUUAUCUACUGGUUGCCAAUCUAGUGGAUGUACGACAAAUUAAUCCUGAAGGCCCUGGGGAUCAAACCCUUGUGGAGGAUCCAAGAGGAGCAAUCAUAGCUUUGGACUACGACCCUGUCCAGAAAAAUGUGUACUUUGCUAGUGCAAGCCAGAAGACAAUUGAGCGGGUGGAUUUGAACGGCGGGUCAAGAGACGUGCUUGUCUCUGAUGGUUUGGACUCUCCGGAGGGUCUGGCAAUUGACUGGGUCCACCGCAGGAUGUACUGGACGGAUAAAGGCCAGUCAACUGUUGACUGCAGUACCUUAACUGGGCUGAACAGAGAAACUAUCGUCAGCAAGGGGCUGGAAAAACCAAGAGGAAUCGCAGUUCAUCCUUUGACAAAGAAGUUGUUCUGGACUGAUAUUGGGGCCCACCCUGUCGUGGAAAGUGGUUCUUUGAAGGGGAAAGACCGUGCUGUCAUUGCUAGAACCAACCUUGUGUCACCAAGCGGCCUGACCAUCGAUUUCACAGAGGAUCGUCUGUUCUGGUGCGACCAGAUGAGGGGCCUGGUGGAGACUGCUGCUCUGGAUGGUUCAGAUCGACAGGUCCUGUUAGAGAACCAAGUAGCUCAACCUUUUGACCUUGCAGUAUUUGAGGACAGGUUGUGGAUAUCUGACCGGGAGCACCAGCAGCUGAGGAGCGUACACAAGCGGACUGGGAGAAAACUGCAACGUAUCCACAGCAACAUGGUCCGACCAGCGUCCAUUGUGGUGGUUCAUCCCCUUGCUAAACCAGGGGCAGACGUUUGCCUUCACCUGAAUGGAGAUUGUGCUCAGGUGUGUGAAAGCAGACUGGGGUUCGCCCACUGCUCCUGUCUGUCACGCCACAUCCUGUCAGCCGAUGGAAGAAGUUGCUUGGCCGCCGACGCUUCGAAUGGAACAGCAGAAUCUGGAGACGGUGAAUCCAGUGAUUCAACGUUUACCAAAAACAAAACACACGACGAGAGCACAGCCCUGACAGCACCUGGGCGGUCGACUGGUGAAGCGGAGCCUGAUCUGAACUCUGAUGAACGCAGCGAGGCAACUCUCUUCACAGACAAGAUGGUUUCAGACCAGAAUGAGUGUUACUCGCUCCGCUGUGAUGUAGAUGCACAGUGCCUGCUGCGUGCUGGCAGCCCAACCUGUCUAUGUCUGGAUGGUUUUACAGGUGAUGGACAGACGUGUGUGGAUAUUGAUGAGUGUACACAGGGAACGCACACAUGUGACAAAAACGCAGAAUGCCAAAAUGCCUUGGGGAAGUAUCUCUGCAAGUGCCAGGCUGGAUACCAGGGCAAUGGGAAGACAUGUCAAGAGUUGGAGACGACAUCACCGUGGCUGACGACCGGUAGCCCUGCUGAUGUCUCCACCCGGCACCACAACAGUGACUCGGUAGAGAGUUGCCCGUCCUCCCAUGAGUCCUACUGUCUGUACCAGGGUGUCUGCUUCUACUUUCCUGAAAUGGAGUCCUACGCUUGCAAUUGUGUUUCAGGCUACAUGGGGGAGCGUUGUCAAUUCAGUGACCUGGAGUGGUGGGAGCUUCAGCAGGCCGAGGAGGAGAAGAGGAGGAACGUGGUCAUCGCGGCCUGCAUGGUGGCCCUCGUUUCCCUGCUCUCCAUCGCUGCCUGUGUCACCUACUGUUACGGAACUAGAAAACUCUUCCACAAACAGCCCUCUGUGGAUAAUGUGAGCGAGACCAGCGUGACAGAUAAGAGCAUGUCAGAGACCACCACUACCAGCGUGCCUCGGUUCUACAUGGUGGCAGAAAACGGCGUGGAAGGAAUGGUCGUCCCUGUGAUGGGCUGUCCCAGAAGAGCUGUCUGUCCAUCCUGCUCUUCAGAAACAGGUGACAACCAUGCGUCUGAAGAUUCGGGAACAUUGUCCAAACACAACAGAGGGUACGAGUGUUCCAUAGUGUCGGCUGUUGCUGUGGAGACCACGCAACCCCCCUGUCCAUCGCUCAAGUCCGUCUCCGUCGAGCUCAUAUAGUUGUUCGUCUUUUUCGAGCCACCAGUACUCUCCCAGACUCCCGACCUAGAGCCCCCUGCCUCCUAGUUCACCAGACAGACCGACAGACGCAGCUAUACAGUUAAAACACACACAUACUGUAACAUCUGGCUGAUGUGCAAACUGCGAAAUUAAGAGUUUCAUUGCAAAAUGGCAUACCUCACAAAUGAAAGAAAUGUCACAUAAGCUGUUACCUACCAUAAGGUUAUUUGUUGCAUUUUUGUAAAAAGCAAAUAUCUGGUUUGCUACUCUCAUCUGUAGAUUUAUAUUACACACUCAAUGUAUUCAUGCCACAACAGUUAAUGAAAGCUAUAACAAGUAACUGGUGGCAUUACCCAGAAUAGAUCAUUUGGUGUCUAGCCAGGUGUAGUGAUAAAACACUGGCUAGUUAGCGUGACAAAGGAAAGAAAAAAUAUUAUGAACAAUUUCCUAGAAUACAGGAUUUGGAAUUAAACUCUUUCCUGCAUCAACAUUUACCUUAUGUUGUAGCUGACAAUAGCAUAAACUGUAUGUCAUGUAAAAUACAUACAUUACAGUAUGUCUUUUCUAAACAGCUCCAAAGUAGAUUUUAAGUUUAUUAUCAAGUGUUGUAAAAGUAAAAAAAAAAUAAAAUAAAAUUUUAAAAAAUCGCAUAUAACAAGCGAACAAAACUAUGAAAUCGGGUCAUAUUUUUGACACAAAAAAAAAUGCUUCCAUUGCUAGCUUUUCAAAAAACUAUUAAAGAACAAGUACAGCUUGUCAAGUUAUGAGUCAUGACGGCUUGAUUUCUGUUCGUCUAGCAUAAAGCAUAAAUACUAGGACCUUAGUUCACAUUUUAGUUCCAAGUCGUCAAUUCUGUUUGAAUAGCUCAAAAGCACAAAUGUGGUUUUUGUUGGCCACCAGCAUCUCUAAAAAAGAUCCCAAUCCUUAAAUCAAACGGUGUGAAUGCUGUUUGUGCACUAAAGUAAACAAUGUUUGUCUCGUGACAACUGACGUCUGCAUGUGUCCUCUGUUGAAUAAACCGUUGCCCCUCCAAUGCGCAGGAGAGCUUAAGAAUAGAAUAACUGCUUGCGUGUGUAAUAAAGGGAUGCGUUUAGUUUCUUUGUUUGGAAAUCACAUUCAUGUUUUCCCUAUUUGUAAACUCCAAUGCGGUAUUUUUGUGACUGGACUAAUAUUCAUCAUCGCCUUCAAAUUCGGUGUUGUGCCGAGUUACAAUGGUUUGUUGGUCAUCUUGUCGUUCCGCUCAAAUGCACAAUAAGUAUUCUGCCUGAUCCGUUAUAGAGAGCGUGAACUCAGCUCACACAACUAACCUGACGGGUGCGAUAUUGUUAGCCAAUUGUAUAUUUAUUUUUACACAAAAGAUCUUUGUUCACUUGUGCCAGAGCUCCAUUAAUAUCUAUGCUUUCAUAAAUAAGGCGAGGGGACACUGAGCUGGAUUGCUGAUCGAUGGAUGAUAGACUGAAUUGGAUAGCUUGGUUUGUGAAGGGAAGGUUUCUUGUUUUUGAUUUCUAUCUAAUGACGCGUUGCCGUACGAGUUUUCAUAUCUAAACAAGCAAAACAAUGGUAAUAUGUAUUUGGAAAACACAACCCCCUGCCAGAGUUUUCAUUCACACUGUCUAUAAUUAUUUGAUGUAUUCUUUUCAGCUCCCAUGUACUAUAACUGGAAUUACAAAACUGCAAAAUGAGGCUUUUAAUUCCACCAAUAAAACUAUAUUCACACCAAAAACAAAAUGUGCUGUUAAUAACCGCAACACAUUUGGCAUCAGCUAUUACACAUACUAAACUUUUGCUGUUCUUCUUUACCAAACCUUUUUUAUUUGCAAAAUACACUUUUCUAAUGACAUCGUCUUCUUAUAAUUGAAAGAUUAUUUUGUCUUGGUCUCGUUACAGCCCAUCACACUCUUCUUCAAAAGCUCUUGCUCCGCCGACGGUGCGUUUCUCUCCUCCACCAAAUCUAACGCUCGAGUGGUGUUGGUAGCGAUGCUGCGACCCUCCCUCCACCACCACCACCACCCCCACCCCAUCUGUCUCUUUCUAUCUCCGACUA